UCCGAGUAUACGAUAGUCGUUACGCUUGAGCCGUCGGUUUCGCACGAUUUACAAGCGAGAAUACGAACAAACGCAUUUCCCAAUAACGCCCGUGUUAAUGUAUGUGAUAUUACGCGAGUGCGCCAACUCCAACUUUCGAUCUUGUAAAUCAACGAGAUUGCUGAAUAUCUGAAUACAGACAAAAUAGUUUAGCACAACGUGGAAGUAGACAGUGAUAUGAAGAAAACGACAACGGACACUUCCGAAUAUGCACAUGUGAAUGCCAAGCAAGUUUCUAACGGUAAGGACGAUCAUGUCGAUCCCGACGCACAUGUGGACGCCGUGCAGACCGCGAUCGGCAAUCUCGGCAGGUGGCAAAUCGUCAUCUGCCUGGCAAUUUCUCUGGUCAAAUUUCCGGUAGCGUGGCAUCAAUUAGCGAUCGUUUUUAUGGCACCUCAUCAAGAUUACAACUGCACGGAGCCUGAUACUGCAGGGGGAUAUUCCGAGGACCAAUGCACUGUCAACCUUAAUGGCACGCUCACAAAAUGUACGGAAUGGGAGUACGAUAGAACAAUAUUUCCCGAAACCAUCAUAUCGCAGUGGAAUCUAGUCUGUGAUCGAACACAUUAUGCGAACAUUCAACAAUCGAUUCUUAUGUUUGGGGUACUUCUUGGCAACAUAAUCUUCGGCAGUUUAUCUGACAGAUAUGGCAGGAAACCGCCGCUGAUGGUUUCUAUUGUUCUUCAACUUUUAUCGGGUAUCGGAUGCGCCGUGGUACCUUGGUUUUACGCAUUAUUACUGAUGAAAUUUUUAAGUGCCUUAGCCACUGGAGGCACCAUGGUUAAUAGUUACGUUAUUUGUAUGGAAAUAGUAGGUACCAAAUGGCGUGCUGCCAUCACCGUUUUAUAUCAAAUUCCAUUCAGUUUAGGCCACAUGUCGCUAGCAGGACUUGCAUUCUGGUUUCGACAUUGGCAGCAACUACAGAUUGCCAUCACACUUCCAUCCAUUAUUCUUUUAAGUUAUUGGUGGAUAGUACCUGAAUCACCCAGAUGGUUACUGGCUGUGGGAAAACAGAGAGAGGCAUGCAAGAUAUUGCAAAGGGCGGUCGAUGUUAAUAAAGUGGAACAUGUAGAUGUUCCCGAAAUAGUUAGGAAACAUUGUUUGCACCAAAGUCUUACAAAAACUACGCUAGAUUACAAGGCUUCGUUUUUCGACUUGCUUCGCACACCGAACAUGCGAGUGAAGUCACUCUGUAUUUUUUUCAACUGGAUCGUUUGCGGAAUGGGUUUGUUUGGCAUAUCACAGUACAUUGGCCAGGUUGGUGGCGAUAUUUUCAUUAAUUUCGCAGUGUCCGGUGCCAUACAGAUUCCGGGAAAUUUCGUCGCAUGGUGGGCAAUGAACGCAUUGGGUCGACGGAUUACCCUGAUUUGCAGUAAUUCUAUAAGCGGUGUGGCCUGUCUAUGCUUAAUCAUCGUCUCAAACAAUAUGGCAUGGUUAAGAUUACUCUUGGCAUGCCUCGGUAUUGUCGGCAUGUCAGUGUCGUUUACAACAGUCUACCUUUUCUCCGGAGAACUGUUUCCUACAGUCGUAAGGAACGUCGGAAUUGGCUCGAGUAGCAUGUGUGCUAGAGUAGGCUCUAUCGUAGCGCCCUUCGUAGUGUCUCUGAGUUACAUCGAAACGUGGCUACCGCCUACUAUAUUUGGAAUUUUGCCAUUAAUUGGAUCCGCACUGUGCCUAUUAUUGCCCGAAACCGCCGAAUGCGCAUUACCGGAAACCCUUCAAGAUGGCGAAGACUUUGGAAAAAAGCGUAAGAAAGAAAAACGUGGAGAUUUUGAAGCAGAAGCGACAUUCUAAAGGAAUACUACCGUCACGAUGGAGUCUUAGCUAUUUCAGAAAAAAGGGGGAACGCACACGCGCGCAUGCAUUGUAUUAAAUUAUGACAAACGAUCUGAAUUAGUCAUUAAUCGUUGUUAAUCAAGUGCUAGCAUAAAAUAAGCGCAUAUUUAGAAAUUCUAUUUAUUAUAUUACUUUCGUAAUAGUAACAAAAAAUUAGCUCUAUGACCAUUCAUCUCAUCACUCAUUGUCAUAUUUUCUGACUCAUAUUUUCCAUAAUAUAUUAUAAUUUAAAGCUGAUAUUUUAUAGAAAAAAUAUGUAACAAAAAGAUAUUUGUAAAAAAAAGUGACAAUACCGUUGCGUUUUCCAAGAAAUUUACACGUAAAAUUUAGUAGCAAGUAUUAAAUGUUUACUGCCAAACAAAUAAGUAUACGUGAUUAUUAUUUAAGAUCUUUUACCGAAUGUAUAUAUAAAUAGAAAUUCGCUUUUGUAAGAAAAGCAUUUUUAUUUAUUAAAUACUCAAUAUAACUCGAAAUCGACCAUUCUUUUCCUUUAUUUGUCAAACAUUAUAAAUUGUGUAUAAUCCAAAAUAAUAUUGCAUAUAUGUGUAUCAUACUGCAAUGUUAUUGCAAUGUUAAGUAGCAGUACUUCUUAAAAGCAUUUUAUUGUUUCUACAAUCUUGUAACAAUAUUGCAGCAACAUUUCAAAAUGUUUAUGCAAUGUUACAAUCUUGUCAUAAAAUGUUGCCGCAAUGUUCCUAUAAUCUCGCUGUCCUGUAUGGGAAUUAUCUCUCUUUUCCAAUUGCUAUUAUUAUGUAAAUGUGUAAUAUUAAUACUACCAAUGACUUCUAUUUCUUUAUGUAUAAAUUAUGAAUGUAAAUGCUUGAAAAUUUAUAUCUAUUAUUUUACAUUCGUGACGAAUAUUCUGCGAGAUUUUCCGGACUUUUACGCAGAUACUUCUUAGAAACGGUUACGUUUGUUUUAUAAUUGGACAACACCGUAUGGGAGAUAAUUCCUCCAUUCACGUUGCGCAAUUAAAUAAAUCGUUAAUAACUUACGAUUACCAUGUUGCUGUAUUUAUAAUCUUUUGGUCUAGGAACUAAAGAUAACCUUCAGACAACGCGGACGUAGUUACAAUGCAAUCACAAUUAUUGGCGGUGGUAAUAAAAGUCAUUCAAAUUUUGCCAACGUAAGUAAAAUGAGCAGCAGAAUGUAGUUUAAAUUUACAAUUGAACUUUAGACUGUCGAAAAAGCCACUUUUGUGACUCUUACGUAAAAACUCAGAAAUAGAUUUCUUAUCGCCAGUAAUUUACAACAAAUAGGUUGUAAAUAGGUUAUUAGAAUUUUUCAAAACGACCUACACUGGCCAGUGUUUCUCAAAUCCGACAUCUCGACGAACUAACUUGACAGAAAAAGGUAUAGAUUUGCGGUUUACUUUCGCUAUAAUUAUUUGCGCUAUAUUCUUUAUAUUUAC